CUGUCGUCAAUACCUUUGUCACUUCUUUGAAAUCACAAAGAGGACCAUAGUUGGAAAGGUUUCUUGUCUGAUAGAACAAUAUUAUUGUCGAGUCAGGUUUUACACAUAAUGUAGAUACCUACACGUCACUAGAAAUAUUUAGUCUGGGACAGAAAAUUUUAAAUAUCAUCACAUUCACCUUCGCAUUUCCUCGGUGGUAAACCAGUGCCCUUCUAUUUUAGCUAUCUGGCAUAGCAUUUUUAUACAUUCGUUUUUUCCGAAAUAAUCACUUAAGAAAAAGAAAAACCCAAACCACCAGGAUAUUCCCGAUGUGUCUCGGGGGCUGUGGCGUCAGCGACGACGAUUAUUAUCCGACACCUAGACAGCAAAGCAGACACCAGUAUUCGGGACAAAGUGCAAGACAAUAUCAAGACACAGCUAGGCCGACGAUGGCGUACGAGAAUCGCGAACAAGAAGACCAAAACCCUGCGAGAUUUUACUACUCUAAUCCGCGGUGGCCUAACGGCAGGGUGAAGUAUAUCGAACCCGAUGUUGCUCGUGCCUUCGCCGGACUUCCGGCUAGCGAGUUCCGCGCCGUGUACGACCCAGAGCUCUAUUGGAAGUCAAGGAACCAGGCUCAGCAGGCUGCUGCCCAGCGAUUUGUCUCUGGCCAGCCGGGCCAUUACGACCAAAAUAGCGCUCCAGCCUCGCCAUCAAACCUCAACCCGAACCAUAAUCAAUACAAUCAACAACGACAACAGAAUUCACAUAGAAUAGUCACCGAACAGCCCAGGAUGAAUAAGGGAAUGUCCGCACCUCUAAAACGACGCCCUCUCGUGCAUCAACGUGAACUUAGUGGGAUGUUCAGGCCUUCGCUCCGCUCACCGAUCCCUUCGCGUAUCCCCGCUGCUAGGAGAGAUAGCAACAAUGUCAGCGAGUGUGGUAGCGUUGAAGCGGAUGAUGGCGAUUGGAGGAAACAUGAAGUUUCGCCCGUUAGUAGCGAUGAUGAAGACGGCGGCAACAAGUCGAAGAGAUUUCCUGUUUCACCUAUGCAGCCCGAGCACAAGAAAACGAGAGCCUAUCGAAAGAAUGCAGAACAGCACCGCCAAGGAUAUGAUCACUCACAAUACUGGCUGUAGUGGGAUACUUUAAGGACCUACCAAUAUACAAAAUCGGUGGUGCAAUCGUUGGGGAAGAUUUCCAAGUGGCUGGGAGCAACUUCGAGAAUUGAGUGGCUACCUACCUAGGUAGGUACGGAAGACCCCUCCCUUCACCCCGCGCUCGAUAUCUGCAGGACACAUGGCUUACCUUCGAUCUAACUGGAUACAUCACGAUUUGGUUCUGCUUGGAAUCGGAGAUUAGGAAUCGAGUGGACAAAAGAGAACCAAGGACAUGAUAAGCGUUCGUGUUGAAUCUUUUUUUUUUUUC